UGAAGAUUUCCGUAACUGCGCGCGUGACUCCUCGGCGUUAAACCCGCGGUGGCUUUCAGGCGUUAAAGGCACCGUGAGGCGGGCGAUGCAUAACGGGGCAUUUACCCGUUUUAGGACGCUGCCCGUCUCGUGUCAUUCCGUCCUGUGGUGACAUUUAGCCGACCUGACUACAGGUUCAACCAUCCUCUGCUCAACUUAGACCGUAUUUGUGUGACAUGGAGCCGGACGCGGAUGACCUUCCCCUCCGAGCCAACACUAACCACAUACUCGUCAGACAUUACGUGCUGGACCUGGCCGUUCAUUUCGACAGGAAGGUCAUCGGCGGCACCGUCGUUCUCUUCCUGGAGCCUUGCUCCGGUUCGGGGAGCGCCAAGGAGGAGGCCGGAGGGAGCCCGGGUGCUCUUGAGUGUCGAUCUCGGGAUGCGGGUGAGCAGGAAGAUGCGACAAUAGGACUCGCGGAGACCCCGACCAGGGCGAAGAACAGGUGUGCCGGCCGAGAAAGGGACGCACCUGAACCCCGAGCUCCGCCUGGCAGCGGGUCGGCGCACGCUGCCGCUGAAAGCGGAGGUAGUCCGUCGCCACGGUCGUGGGAGGCCAACAGCGGCGGCGAUUUCACCUUGUUGCUGGACUGCUGUGACCUCGACGUGUCGAAGGUGGAAGAGGUGGACGUGGCCUCCGCGUCGGCCGCGCCGGGCCUCCUGCCGCACCCUGUCGCACCCGAGGGGUCCGCCGUCCCUUCGGUGAAGCCCGAAGCGGCCUUCGUUCAGAACCUCCUCUCCGUGCCCGCUGGCCAAUGGCGGCGACGGCAGCAGCUCCUCUCGCUGUGUAGCCGAGCCCCUGGCGCUCCGGGUGGCGGCUCGCUGCCUUUCCGUACAGACCGCUGGAGUCUGCAGGUGAGGAAGAAGGGGGCGGUGUCACCUCGGGACUUCCCCCGCGUCCUCAGGAUCUGCUAUGAGACGAGGCCGGAGGGGGGCUCCGUGAGGUGGACCCAAGACCAGGACAACAGGGUGUGUGUUUACACUGCAGGUUCUCCCAUCAACAACAGAGCACUCUUCCCCUGCCAGGAGCCGCCUGUUGCCAUGUCAACGUGGCAGGCGGCGGUACGGGCCCCCAGCGGGUGCGUGGUUUUGAUGAGUGGGGAGGAGGCCGCCGUACCCGUUGAGGACGGGGACACGCGCUCCUUAAUCUGGCAUUACUACGUCACUAUGCCCAUGCCCGCCUCCACCUUCACCUUGGCAGUGGGCCACUGGCACCAAGUCACAGCAGAAAAUGCCCCAACAUUGCAACGGGGAUUGAGGGACAAUCGUAGAUUGCUAGAUCGUAGCAACGCGGCCAAACUGGAGGCCGGACCUGCAGAAUUGGGAGAAGCUGACCUUAUGUCUGGACUUGGAAGUUCCAGCAGCGUAGCAAAGGGCUCUCCACUCAAGACUGGCAGCAGCAGUCCAGCUGUAGCCUUCUGCAGGCCCCAGGAAUCUCCCGCUACAAGGAAGGCCUUUAUUUUCAGUGAAUGGCUGGAAGGAAACUUGGAUGCCGCUGGAAACCCGUUGGAACGCUCCUGCGGAGACCAGACCACCCGCUCAUUUUGUCAAUCUUCGGCUGGGGACGAGGGGCUCUCACUAACUGAUUAUUCAGGCACGGGGAAUGACGCCAUGUCUUGUUCCCAUGGCGACUACCCAUGCCGAUUUACUGAGCGCUCGGCUAGGACCCAGCGGGUGAUUCCACACCGUGUGUUUGGACCCGUCUGCUUGCUGCAGAAAGCCCAGAUGGCCGUUCUAGAUCUUUUGCCCCGAUGUUUGGCUGCAGCCCACACCGUUCUGGGGGUCCACCCCUUUCCCCGCCUGGACGUUCUCAUCGUUCCAGCAGGCUUCUCCAGUCUGGGCAUGGCCAGCCCCCACAUAAUAUUCCUCUCCCAGAGUGUGCUCUGCGCUGGGACUUUUGGUCCCAGAGAGGACGCCCUGUCCCUGUGCGGGUCCAGGAUCUGCCACGAGAUCGCCCACUCCUGGUUCGGCCUGCUGAUCGGAGCCAGAGAUUGGACUGAAGAGUGGAUCAGCGAGGGCUUCGCGACCUACCUGGAGGACAUUAUCUGGGCCCAAGCAAAACAACUCUCGUUACAACAGACUGCAGAUCAGUCUGACCUGAAGGCACUGCUGAGGUGCAGACGUCUCACUGAUGAGUUGCAGAACUCCGAGCAGCAACUUCAAGUUCUCAGACCGAACCUGGAGUGCACUGGUCAGGUCGGCGAGUCCGGCUCCUCCACUGUUAAACAUGCCCUCAACCCGGACAAAACCUUCAUGCAAGUCCACUACCUCAAGGGUUACUUCCUCCUCAGGUUCUUGGCCAGUCAAGUGGGAGAGAAAUAUUUCAUCGACUUCAUCCGAGUGUUUGUGGAGAAAUACCACGGGCAACUCAUUUUAUCUCAGGAUUUCCUGCAAAUGCUGCUGGUUACAUUUCCCAACAUGGAGAGAAAAGGCCUCACCCUCGGUGCUAUUUAUGCUGACUG